AUGGACACCACCUCCAACUGCGCAGUUGUCAACGGAGACUUCUCACAAAGAUCGCACGAUAGUCGAAUCGAAUAUGCCAAUGCGGAUCGUACGGAACGACUUCAAUCCUUUCUAGCAGACAAAGGUCCUGGGACUGUGAUGCCUUGCAUGACAGCGUCUUCUGAGAGGUCGUUAGUGAAACAUCGCGCCAAAGCAAGUCAGAAGAUCAACGAGAGCAUGGCCAAGUUCGAACGCUGA